GUCAAGCAGUUGAAAGGAGAAUCAAAACAAGCAUUUUUGUCACGCAAAUUUUUUUGCUAGUGAAUUAUCAAACAUUUUGUGUUACAAAACCAGUUCAAACAUAUUUUCGUCGAAAUUUUUCGAACAAGUAGGAUUUAUAGGAUGGGCAUUCGGAAAUGCAUCAUCAAAGAUUGCCCAUCAAGCUCGGCUCGGGUGGAAGACCGGGGCGUUACUUACCACAAAAUUCCGGCGAACGCAGAAGUAAAAAGUAAAUGGAUGCUGUCAUGUCGGCUGCCGGAAAACUACGUAAUUAACAAGGGAUCGAACGUUUGCAGUCGACACUUUCGCAAGGCGGACUUCCAAGAAUUCAAGGGAACGAAAUAUGUGCUCAAGUUUGGUGCUGUGCCAACGAUUUUCUCCUGGACGAUUGCUUCCGUUCCGGAUAAGAAGCAAGAUGAUGCGGCUGACAAGGCUGAGGGUGAAAUCAAGCAGGAAAAAGUGGAUGAUGCAAUCACGGAACCACCGAAGCAAAGUGAAGCCGAAUCCGGUACUGUAGUGAAUGAUGUGAAAACAGUGAUUAAAAAAGAGGAUCCCGCGGACGAAGAAAUCAAACACGAAGUAGCUGAUGAUAACAUUGUGUUGAAUGAGGAUUUACUGCUAAGUCCCGUGCUGAAAUCGAAGCAAAAAUCUGCUAUCAAAAAACGAUCAAUUUCCAAACGCCAAUCAACGAUGAAAACUCCGUCAGCUUCGUCGCCUAAGAAAUCCCGACAGAGUGAUCUAACAACGCCAACAUCUUCGAAAGAUAGGAAGUCUACGAGUUCACUGCGUAAAUCAACACCAACUAUUGGUAGCUCAAGUCAAGCGCAAAUCAAUUUCACGCCAGGGACAAAGAUCGAAGCGCAGGACUUCUCUGGAAAAUGGCAUCAGGCAAAACUCGGUGAGGUAGACACGGAAGAACGAGAAGUUCUGGUACAGUUCGAGAAGAACGGCAAAGCCAAAUUAAAUGAUGAAUGGAUUCCGAUGGACAGUGUCCGACUGAGACCAUUACACGUAGCGAAAAGCACCACCAAUGGGAAGGCGAAAUUCGUCGUUGGGGAGAAAUGUUUUGCAAGAUGGAGCGACUCAAGGAAAUUUCGAGCAACAAUUCAGGCUAGUCUCGAUAACGAUAUGUACGAGGUGCUAUUUGACGAUGGUUUCGUGAAGACUUGCAAAGCGACUCAUAUUAGCAAACUCAAGAAAUCCGAUCUAAGCCAAGAUGAGGAAGACUUAUCUACAUCUAUAAAACAAGAGGAAUGCGCGGUAGCUGAAUCUCCCAAAACUCCGGUAACGCCAUCAAUCGCGCUCAAAAUUCCUCAGGUGGCGAAAGUUGCUGACUUCCCAGAUAUUCCAAAAGACGGAGAGUGGUGUUGCCCUUGGAUGAAUGAUUUUCCUGUUGGGGAGGAGGCAACUAUCGAUAUUGCUGGCGCUAAAAUCUUCACUGUAAUGGUGAAUGAUUGGCGCUUGCCGGAAGGCUGGGCCAAACACAUAUACCAACGAAGUUCAGCGUACGGAAAGAUGGACGUUAUUCUUGUUAACCCCGAAGGAAAGAUAUUCCGCUCCCGGCAGGAACUGAAGGCUUUUCUUACUGGGAGAGGGGAAGUAUUCGAUACGGUUAAGUACGACUUUGGGCUGCAUAAAAAACGCGCAAAAGAACUGAACUUGUGUCGGCAUACGGAGGAAUACAAGAAAUCCCUGGUUCCCAAUCCGGUAGCACUAGAACCCAUUUUACUCAACACUGAAAUCAACAUUGGCUCGGUCAAGGUUAAGAUUAUCGACAAUUUGCUGCAAUGUCCAGAAGAGGAUUGCCUGAAAACCUUCCGGAAGGAAAAUCAUUUACAGAUUCAUAUCAAACAUUACCAUAAAGAGCUGGCCAAAGGCUUGGGUGAGAUACCGAAUAUGCAAGAUUUGGCGACACUUCGAACCCCAGCGGAAAUUGUUGAUACCCAGCUGAAAAUACAUCGGAGAAAGUCGAUAUCUGCGUCGGGCUCAAAGAUUCCAGUUAAAGAUGACAUCAAGAAGGAAGACGUUAGCGUCAAAGAGGAACAAGCUGGAGAAAUUAAUGAAGCCAGUGCUGUUACGAACAAGAUCACCACGGAAAUACCAGAAUCUAACAUCAAAGUGGAAAAGCCAGAGGAGGACAUUAAGCCACUGGAACCGAUGCCGUCAACGAGCUCAACGGAAAUAAAGGUUCCAAAGCAAGAGACAUCGGUAACAUCGAUCACAGCGGAUGCCGGCGGCUCAUUGGAUUCCGAAGAGAAGUUCGAAACGCAGUCUGGUAUCAAACCGAGCAGGAAAAUCCCCAAAAUUAAACUGUUUUCGAAAAAGAAAAAAGGUACGAAGAAGGCUAAGGCUGGUUUUGUCGCCAAAAGACUGCCAGCGAUUGUGAGGAAAAAGAAACUGAAGAAGCAAAAGCUGCCUCGCUCUGCAAUGGAUUACAUGGAUGCCGAAGAGACACAGCAUUCGUUCGGUUUUGGUGGAAACGAUAGCUUCCUCCGGCAUGGCUAUGGGUAUGAGAAGGAUACGGAAGCAAGUCAAACAAGUGCUAGCGUUUGUGGACAGUUUGGAGACGAUUUAAUUAACGCUAGCAGCCCACGAUUCAUCAAUGAAAAUGGAGAGGUAAUCAAAAUUGUAUCGAUGAAAAAAGAAGAAAUUAUAAACUGCAUCUGCGGAUACGGAGAGGAAGAUGGUUUGAUGGUUCAGUGCGAGUUGUGCCUUUGCUGGCAGCAUGGAAUAUGUAACGGAUUCGAGCGGGACGCGCAGGUCCCGGAAAAAUACGUUUGUUAUAUUUGUCGCAACCCUCCGGGGGGUCGAGAAUCGAGGCGAUACAUUCACGAUCAAGAUUGGUUGUACGAGGGAAAACUUCCGGUAGCGAACUACCAUACACAAAAUUCGAAGCAUGCCGCUAGAUUUGAUAUACUCAAACAAAGUCAUACUUUGGCUGGUAAUUUGCUUGAAUUGAAACGCUUUAUGCAUAGCUUGAAGGUCAAGAUAAACAUAGCGGAGAACAAGGACCACCCGAAGAUGUAUCUGUGGUCGAAAAAAUGGGAGAACAGUCCCCCACGAGGCGGCAAUGGAGAUCUUUCGGGAAUUGUUCCACUUAACAAUUCAAUCGGAACACCAACCCAGGGCGGCCUAAGCAAAACUGAACCGAUCGAUCAUAAACCCACUGUCGCUCCGCAGGUUCCUAUCCCUGAAGCACCGAUUGAUCCCGCAGAGUGUCAAAAUAUUCUGCUGGAACACAUCCAGAAACAGCAGAACUCAGCAAUGGCCCGGUUACAAGCAAUCGAAGCUCAAAUCAUUGCACUUGAAGCUUACGACGAUAAACCCGAGUUGCUGGAGUCGCCCACCGCAAAGAAUUAUCCCAAAACAAAACAAACAAUCCAUAUGCUUCUGAAUGAUUUGAUGAAAGUUAAAAAGAUUGCAGCGAUCCAUCGAAGUGCGCAGCAACCGACAGCACCAUGAGCGUUUUAUGCAUCAAAUAGUUUUAUUAUUCCUGGCGCGGUUAAGCACUGAAUAUGCUGUAGGAUUGAAACAAUUUGUAUAGUCAUUUCGAUUUUUUUUAAUUGUAUUAAUAAUCGUUGGUGUAAAAAUUAUUCCACACAUAGCAACAAUCAUAUUCCAAGCUCUGUAAAUCAUCUGCACUAAUAAAACAUAAUUUUAAAACGCUUUGUCUCAAUAAAAUAUUUAUCGUUCUGGAA